AUGUUGGUGCAGGACAGCCCCGAGAACCACGAGGGCAGCAUCAACUAUUUCCAUGCGAAAGGUGCCCAUGGUGCUCUUAGGGAUGUGUGGCAAAGUUUGUCGUGUAAUUCCUCGUUUCCUUUGUGCGGUGCGGUGCUCAGGUGGAACUUCGGCAACGAGAACGUCGAGGCCCUGGGGCACUCUUUUCCCGAGGAAGCUGUUGAAGCCAUUGACGGUGAGGCCGAGGACAUGGAGCCCGAGGAGGGCACAGCAGAAGCCCCGGACCUGGCUGCAGCCGGGGAGCUUACCGCGCACCAGAAGGCACUCGUGAAGCGCAUGCACGAUAACAUGGGUCACCCCGACCGGUUGACCUUCUUGAGGACGGCCCGGCGGGCGAGAGCCAGCCCGGCCGUGCAGAAGUACAUCAAGGAGAAGUUCGAAUGCGAG